UAAUGGCAGCGCUUGGCGCCCUUCACAAGCAGCUGAUUGUUUGCCGGCGACGAAUACAAAGUGUCACUGUGUCCCGCGGUUACCACGCAUCCACUGCCUUAAAAGGCAGCGGCCCCAGCCCAAUCCACUCUGGCGACACUAAGGGGAGAAAGAGCGCUCUCAAGUUUAAGACAUUUUUUCUUUUUUUAAAUAUCUAAAACUAAACAUACCCGUCACCUCGGUGGAAGUGUUCAAAAUAAAAAUAGGAAAAAUGCUUCAAAGCGGACCAACUCCAGUGUCCAUGAGGAGGAGGAAAAAAAUGGGAUGGGAGGAGUAACGUAAAGAGAGAGAGAGAGAGCGCGCGCGCGCACACGAGCGAGUGAAAGGCAGCCAGCGAGCCAAACGCCACAAGGACUCCAUUAUCAAAACAGAGGAAACACUUGGGGGACUUUCCUGGGAUUCGGGUCGUGAGUAUUACUUUGAGGGAAAGAAGGAAAAAAUCCAACGCACUAAAAGUAAGAAAAAAAAAAAGGAAAAUCCAGAAAGCCAAAGACAAACUUUGAAGGACGUGGACGUGUCUUGUGUUGGAGGGAUUGUCUUUAUCCCGUCGUGAAGGAUGGCGCUGGAUGGUAUUCGAAUGCCUGAUGGCUGUUAUGCAGAUGGCACAUGGGAACUGAAGAUGUAUGUGACUGACCUGCACAGAGAUGUCUCCCUGCGAGUCACAGGCGAAAUACACAUUGGUGGAGUGAUGUUGCGGCUGGUGGAAAAACUUGAUGUGAAGAAGGACUGGUCAGACCAUGUACUUUGGUGGGAAAAGAAGAAAACAUGGCUGCUGAAGACACACUGGACUUUAGACAAGUAUGGGAUCCAGGCAGAUGCCAGACUGCUUUUCACUCCACAGCAUAAACUACUGCGUCUACAGCUGCCAAACAUGAAGCACAUGAAGGUCAAAGUGAAUUUCUCUGAUAGAGUGUUUAAGGCUGUCUCGGAUAUCUGCAAAACAUUCAAUGUCCGGCACCCAGAGGAGCUGUCAUUACUACGCAAGCCCCGAGACCCGAAGAAAAAGAAGAAAAAACCAGAAGAGUGUGAAGAUGAGGCACUAGAGCUAGAAGGACCACUCAUCACCCCUGGAUCAGCUUCUGAUGUUAUUUACAUUGGACCUGUCAAAGGGAGCAUCUACUCAAGCCCAGGACUAUACAGCAAGACAAUGACCCCUACUUAUGAUUCUAGAGAUGGUAGUCCCCUCUCUCCCACCUCUGCCUGGUUUGGGGACAGCCCGUUAUCAGAGGGAAAUCCUAGCAUCCUCGCUGUCAGCCAGCCCAUUACUUCACCUGAAGUCCUUGCCAAACUAUACAAGCCUCAGAGCCUCCUGGAUAAAGCCAAGAUCAAUCAGGGGUGGCUGGAUUCUUCUCGGUCUUUAAUGGAACAAGAUAUAAAAGAAAAUGAUGUUCUGCUUUUACGAUUUAAAUAUCACAGCUUCUUUGACCUAAAUCCAAAGUAUGAUGCUAUCAGAGUUAACCAGCUCUAUGAACAAGCUAAAUGGGCCAUCCUACUGGAGGAAAUUGAAUGCACAGAAGAGGAGAUGAUGAUGUUUGCUGCCUUGCAGUACCACAUAAACAAGCUGUCCAUCAUGUCCUCUGAUAACCACAUGAACAACAGUGACAAAGAGGUGGAUGAAGUGGAUGCAGCCUUGUCUGAUCUGGAAAUAACUCUAGAGGGGGGCAAAACAUCCAGCAUUCUGGGUGAUAUUACUUCCAUUCCUGAGCUUGCUGACUACAUCAAAGUUUUUAAACCAAAGAAGUUAACUCUGAAAGGUUACAAGCAGUACUGGUGCACAUUUAAAGACAUAACAAUCUCUUGCUAUAAGAGCAAAGAAGAGGCUCAUGGAACUCCUGCUCAUCAGAUGAACUUAAGAGGGUGUGAAGUGACCCCAGAUGUGAAUAUCUCUGGUCAAAAAUUCAACAUCAAAUUGCUGAUCCCAGUGGCAGAUGGUAUGAAUGAGAUAUGGCUGCGUUGUGAUACGGAGAAGCAAUAUGCCAGCUGGAUGGCAGCCUGUAGGCUUGCCUCCAAAGGGAAGACCAUGGCAGAUAGCUCCUACAAUCUGGAGGUCCAGAAUAUACUUUCAUUUCUGAAGAUGCAGCACCUGAACCCUGAUCCUCAGAUCAUAGCCGAGCCAAUCAACACAGAUGUCAACCCUGAAUGUCUGGUUUCACCUCGCUACCUGAAGAAGUAUAAAAAUAAACAGCCGAGUUAUAUAAGGGACUUGAUAACUGCUCGCAUCCUGGAAGCACACCAGAAUGUUGCCCAAAUGAGCCUUAUUGAAGCGAAGAUGAGAUUCAUCCAAGCCUGGCAGUCAUUGCCAGAAUUUGGCAUUACACAUUUCCUUGCCAGGUUCCAGGGUGGAAAGCGAGAGGAGCUCAUUGGCAUAACAUACAAUAGACUUAUUCGCAUGGAUGCCAGCACUGGAGAUGCUAUUAAGACCUGGAGAUUCAGCAACAUGAAGCAGUGGAAUGUCAACUGGGAGAUUAAAAUGGUGACUGUGGAGUUUGCUGAUGAGCCCAGCCUUUCGUUUAUCUGCACUGAAGUGGACUGCAAGGUGGUCCAUGAAUUCAUUGGAGGCUACAUCUUUCUUUCAACUCGGGCCAAGGACCAGAAUGAGAGUCUAGAUGAGGAGAUGUUCUAUAAGCUUACCAGUGGCUGGAUCUGAUUCCAGGGGGGCUGAGAGGCUAUGGCAAGAGUUCUUGUAUGGUCACACAUAUGUACGUAUAUAUACACACACACACACACACACACUCUCUCACACUCUCUAGCACUCCAAUGCCAAGCCUGCUUUCUUUUUCCUCAACUUAUCUGAAUCCUGAGACCAUGGUGUGGAGUAGUACUAUGUAAAGAAGCUCCUUUCCCACCCCAUUUACCAAAAAAGGAAAAAUAAACUCUUGACAGGUGAAAUGACCCCCCUCACAGUCGUGGUCACCUGCAGUGAACAACUUUACAAAUCCCUGGACCUGCCUAUGCUCUGGUAGCACUGAAGCAGAAAGAUCUCACUCAGGCACAAACAGUGGCUUUCUUGCUUUGAACCAUUUUACAGACGUUGUUUACUGAAGUGUGGGGUGAUGCUCGGCUGGACAGAUCAAUUCAGGAGAGCUUCUUUCUUUAAAGAGAUACACAUGCAUAGACACUUGGACUUUUAAAUCUGAUUAUCAUGAGAAAGUGAGACAUAUUGUGCAUUUGAUACAAUAUAUUGACUGAUCUGAUGCCUUUGGCUACACCAUUGGUGGCAUGUGAGGUGCCUGUUUGCUUGAAGAGCUAUGAGGGAAGACGCUCCUUCCUUCCUGGACUGCAAUUCUGAAACAUUAAGGGGGUGUUCUUAGUGGGCCGGAUUAAAAUCGUGACUUUUCUGCAAGCUAAUGCUACUCAAAUGAAGGAAUUUAGCAUAUGUCAUUUUUUUACUUUCUUUUUUUUUGCGUGCACACUAACACAAGCACUUCACAGUAGUGGUGGUAUUGUUGCCAGAAAGUCUGCAUGGAUGCUUUGGAACACAUGCCCACGGGAGUUUGCCAGGACUGCCGAAGUCUUGUGUGGAAUGCAGCAGAUGUGCAGGAUACCCUCGUAGGGUUAUCAAGUUCCUCGCCUCUUUGGAGUUUGUUGGAUAUUGAGACUCUUGUUGAUUGCUUCAUUUAUAGUACGUCAGUCUGUGUGAGGCAGUCGGUUCUCUUUUGCAGCUGGACGUGUGUUAACUUUGUGCUUGGUGACCAUUGUAAGUCUUCACAGCCCUGCUAGACUUGUGUCUCACUCCAUGGAGAGUAACCACCUCUGUGCGAUUUCCACGCAGCAGUAUUGAGGGCCAAGGGGGGAGUCACAAGUAGCACGUUUUGGGGAUUUUUGUCUUGAUUUAUACCUGCUAAAUUAUUGUGAAGCCCCUUAAUUUUGGCAGAGCGAGGACCCUGCGUAUUGUGAUUUUACCUCUUGAUAAUCUAAUCUCACUGCUCAGCAUCCAAAGCUUUGCAAGGCAACAGCUACGUCUGAUUGGCUACAGCCUUAGAAAUGCGGCGUAUGAUUGGCUAACCUUUCAGUUCAAUCUUCCAAUGUGCCAUUUUGCCUGCUUUUCAACUUGUGGAUUCAAGCAUUGAAAUAAAUAAAUAAGUGAGUGAGUGGGUUCAACUUUUGUUGCCAGGCUGUCAACAGCAGAGGCACUGGCAUACCGAUUGGUGGCACCCAGUCCCAAACUGAAUUACUUUGGUCAGAUUGCAUAACUGUAGAGAACAGUACAAUCCACGUGAUGACACCGUGUCGGUUUUUCCCAACUUGUAAAGUACAUGACUACAACUUCAGUGAAUCCGUCGUCCACUGUGUCCGUGUGAUUUGCACUGUGAAGGAUUAGUGGUAGUCGUGUACUCUGAACAUCUCCUCACUCCCGUCGGCAGCGCUAAAGAAUAGAUUUUCUAAUUUAAAUUUAUCUCGAGUGUGAGUUUUCAAUUUCUUUAACACUAAAACUGUGACAUUUUCCUUUGGCCCGGGCCCACCAAUUUUAAAUGUAGGAUUUUUCCAUGUGUUUUUUUAGCAGACAUCUCUAUGCCUCCCUGCCUUCCUUAGCCCCUCGUUUUUGGGUGUCGAUUGGCUCAAGUUGUCCCACCGGCCAGCAUUUGUCGUGCGCCACAUAGUAUUACUUAGUGCUGCUCUUAUUACACACCAGCGUUAGACAGUUGUGAACAUGCAUACGCAAUCAGGUUUUUAAUUUCUCUAUUAUUUUUGAUAUUGUAUGAAGGAACACUACAUGAAGCAAGUUUUUAUGUAUCUAAUGUAAAAAAUACAUGUUUUAUAUAAUUGUACAGUUUUUGAAAUAUAUAGAAUAAUGGCUGAAGUUACCUGCACCUCUACAAGAAUACGGUAUGUGAAGUUUUUAAUAUUCAGUAGUCUGGUUUCUGCCCGCAGUUAGGUGGCUUAUUUUAACAAAGUAUUCGGGAGAAUGAAAGCAUUAGAGGCUGUUUAACCUGGAGAGGCGACGGGCCGCCAA